UGUUCAGCGCACGACCUGCUGCUCCGUCAAAGAGGUUUUAAACAGGACUGCGGUGUCACUAAGGGCACAAAAAUGUCUUCAAGCAGCCGGCAAAAUCUCUUUUUCAUGCUUCUGUUUGGACAGGUUUGGUCCAUUUUCUCUGUGCAAGAAAUACAAACGGAUCUUGACACCAUUAUGAAGAUCAACGCUGCUGGAGAAAUGAUGCAGUGCUCUGCAGCCAUGGAUAUCCUCUUUGUGAUGGAUAGUUCAUACAGUGUUGGAAAAGGAGGGUUUGAGAGAUCCCGACACUACAUGUUGAAGCUUUGUGAGGCUCUUGAUGUCCGCCAAGACAAGGUGAGAGUUGGCGUGGUUCAGUUUGGUUCCACACCCAAACUGGAAGUCAGUCUAGACUCCUACAAAACCAAGGAGGAGCUGAAGAAAAAGCUGAAGAAAAUCCACUAUAGAGGUGGAAGCACACAGACAGGUCUGGCUCUGAAGUUUGUUUUGAGGAAGGGGUUUUCCGGUGGACGUAAUUCCUCUGUGCCGCGAGUCGUCGUCCUGUUAUCUGACGGAAAGUCCCAGGGGGCCGUGCAGCUGCCUGCCUCUGAGCUCAAGCUGUCUGGAGUGCUUCUGUUUGCUGUGGGGAUUCGCUACCCCAGAUGGGAUGAGCUCCGUGAAUUGGCGAGCGGUCCAUCGGACUCUCACGUGUUUUUCGCAGAGCACUUCAGUGAUGCUGUGAAUGGAUUAUUCACCAGCCUUACUACCUCCUCUGUCUGCAUGUCCAUUCCUUCAGGCUGUAAGGUGGAGUCAUACCCAUGUGUGCAGAAAACCCUGGAGACGGUCAAACAGCUUCAGGGAAACUUUGUCUGCUGGAAAGGGUCCAAGAGAUACUCGGCAUACACGUCCCUGUGCCCUCAUUACAGGUAUAACAAAGUUUACAGGCAACACCCUGCUGUCUGUCACAGAACUAUUUGUCCAGACCCCUGUGACUCUCAGCCCUGUCAGAAUGGGGGGACGUGUGUUUCUGAAGGACUGGAUAAAUACCGGUGCGAGUGUCCUGCUGGUUACGCCAAUGACCCCAAUUGUGCUCCCAUUCUGAGUUUUGACUGCUCCGUGGAUGUGCUCUUCCUGCUGGAGGGCUCCUCUGCUCUUACUCUGGAGGGUUUCUUGCGAUUCAAGUCCUUCCUGAAGCGUUUCAUGCAGGCCGUAUUGAGCUCUGACACUCCUGUAAAAAUGGGGUUGGCCCAGUAUGGCAGCGACGUGAAGAUCGAGGCCAGAAUUGGGGAGCACAGAGACCCGGUGAAGCUGAUCCAGGCUGUUGAGGGACUUCAGUAUCGUGGUGGGCAGACGAAAACCGGAAAUGCCCUUCGCUACAUCACACGCCACGGCUUCCAGAGCACGCCUGUGUUCGCUGACGUUCAGGACGACCUGCCGCGGGUGGUAGUUCUGCUCACCGGGACGCCCUCAGCAGAUCAUGUGGUGGAGCCAGCGAAGUACGCACGGGACAGGGAGAUCUUCAUCAUCGGUGUAGCGCCAGAAGGCAUGAGGGCUGAGAUAAACAACAUCACAGGGAACCCUCAGCGCACCAUCAUGUACCAGUCACCGGAUAGAUUGAGCAGCAAGAUCCCAGAACUAAGAGCCAAAAUCUGCAGCGUCGACAACCAGGGUUGUCUGGGUCAGGCUCUGGACCUUGUGUUUGUUCUGGAUGCCUCCAGUGGUGUCGGCAAGGAGAAUUUCAUUCACUUUCAGGAUUUUGUUCGGAGCACUUCAGUGCAGUUUGACAUUAAUCGAGAUGUGGCUCAGGUGGGAUUGGUGGUUUAUGGGAGGCGUCCAGUCACGGUCUUUGACUUGGACAAGUACAAUUCGGGCUCCGCUGUGCUGAGGGCUGUGGGGGACGCCGCUUUUCUGGGUGGGAAGGCUUCUGUAGGUUCAGCCCUGCUCCAUGUGCUCUCCCAAAGCCUGACGGUGGGGAAGGGAGCACGUCCUGGAGUCAACAAGGCUGUGGUGGUGCUGACUGAUGGGACGGGUGUGGAGGACGCUGCGGUGCCUGCACAGAAGAUCCGUGAUAGCGGAGUGUCCAUAUUCUUAAUUGGAGUUGGGGACAUCCAGCAGGAGCUUCUUCUCCGCAUCUCUGGCUCUGAGGAUCACAUGAUCACCGUGCCUUCAUACGAUGACCUAAAAUACUCAGAGGAUGUGCUGGUACAGAUGGUGUGUUCAGAUGUGAAGAAGCCUGUAAACCUUUGCAGUCCAAACCCCUGUAUGAAUGAUGGCAUCUGUGUGAUGCUGAAUGGGAGUUACCGCUGCGAAUGCCGUGGCUGGAAGGGUCCACACUGCGAAACACGGAGCAGAGAGCAGCCAUCCAGAGGAGAUCUUCCUAAACCUGCAGGCCUGAGGCGACGGCAACCCAAGACUGAGAAAGAGCUGCUGCAGCGCUAUAAAGAGCAGCGCAGGAGACACACGUCCAAAACACAGAUCAGAUAACGGCACACACAUGUACACUUUAACAUGCAGACAGUUACUUAGCAAUGAGUCAGAAAUCAGCUUGCAAUUUGCAAUGACUUCAAGGGUGUGUUCACACUUGUAGUGCAGUUCUUUUGGUCAAAAAAUAAAAGUGACAUUUAGUCCUGGUUCAGUUAACUAUGAAUUGAGCUAGAUUCACUUUUUCAGUUGUAUAUAUAUCCAUUCAGUUUGUAUCAGUAUAACAGCAUUUACAGUAGGGAUUCUAUUAAUUCCCCUAAUCAAUCAUUGUUUAUAUUACAUUGUUUAUGUUUUUUAUUCAAUUAAUCAUUAGUCUUAAUAAUGCAAGAUUUGUCUACUUCAGUGGCGUCCACAUGAUAGGAUGUACAAAUGAUGCUCAACACAUAAGCAUUUCUUAGUUAAUGUUAAUAAUUACAUUCACUCUGAAGUGUUACUGUAAAAUCAUUUAACUUAGUACAGAUGUCGCCACUGAGAUGAUUCGCUGUGCGAGUGAAUGAACGUGACAUCACGCAAUUCUGCAGUGCAAUGUGGUACAGCACAAAAUGGUCUAACAGAAGAACGACAUGGCCAGCAGGGGGCAGUUAUGAAACAUAGUGAACAUACUUAAAGGUGCAGUAGGUGAUUGUCUUCAGAAGCACUUUUUGUUGUGCUGGUUGAAAGUCUCUUCACAUUCCAAUAGUAUUGGCUAAAGUAAGUGAUCUGAACGUAUUUAUAUGUAUUUUUAUAUUCUGGGUAAGGUAUAAAACUAAAAAAAUGUUAAUCCAAUUCGGGCCGACAUCUCUUGAUCCAAAGAUGCUGAAUCAAAACUUUUUAAAAACCUGAAUCAUGGAGUUACUUUUGUACGCUGGAGGAAGGAUGACACCAUGGCUGAAGGAUUUCUCUUAGACGGGUAAUAUUAUGUUUUUAAAACUGUUUUAGCUUCACGCAAAUCUGAUGUAACGUUAGAUGUUGUUGUUACAAAUGGGUUAUUUCUGCACAGAAGUGUUGGUCAGCCACUAAAAUCCUCAGAUAAAAGACUGAUGUGACUAUAUACAGUUUCAAAUGGUGCUUUUACAGCAUGGAUAAUGUAGAUUUAAUUUAGUUUACCAAUAAAACAUCAGUAAACAGCGCUAUUCCGCCUAGCUAGCUUUACUGAGGUGAAGAUGGUUUUAUAUUCACAUCACACUGGUUCAUUUUUAAACAAUGAUGACCUGUGACGCUUUCCUUUUAUUGUUUACCAUUCUACUCUGGAUAUCCACUCUGAAAUAGCCCUUCCAGUUGCAACCCAUCUCUGGGAAACAUCCAUACACACUCAUACACUACGGACAAUUAAGCCUACCCAAUGCACCAGUACCGCAUGUCCUUGGACUGUGGAGGAAAC